ACCAGCCCAGCACAGCCACGUGCCCGCUCCUGCUCAAUGUGAUCGGCCAGAAUCGCGAGGUGUGCGAGGAAUUUUACACGAGGCGAAACGAGGCAGUGCAGUACUUCAUCGAUGCCCGGGGCACCAGGGGCGUCAGAGUUGCGUGGCCAGAGGUCCAAGAACGAGUUACGUCUUACCAGAAGCGGGAGGUGCAGAUUAAGCGUGCACCAACUCGCAUCGUUGCGCUGGACGACUACAUUAGCGAUUACGGAGACCCGUACUCAAACGGGAAAGGUCACCAGGUGGUGAUGCAUGAAGGCCUGCAGUGCGUUCGCGCCCCAGGGAAACGUGAAUGGACAGAGGCGGCAGUGGAGACCCACGGCGUUGCUAGGCGCAGGAUCCACCACAGCAGCGAGACAGCAAUCUUUGAGGGCCAGCUCGAGCGUGGGUUUCAGGGGCUCGUGCAGAGCCUUUCGAGUGCGUAUUCGAGGGCCUCGGGCGAGGAGGCCCCAGGCAUUUUUGCUAGGGCCGCUGCCCCGCCUCCCGCGGCAGCCGCGCCAGGUCAGCCAGCUGCGCCCGUACCUUGUCCUGGUUUCGGCGCCCCCGGCCAGGCCCCCAUCUUCGCGGGCUUCCAGGCGGCGUUCAUCCCGAUGAUGGUGCCUGCGGCUGCCGCUGGGCAGGGUGGUUCUGAAGAGGCCCCCGCUGCGAAGGGGGAGGCGAAGGCCAAGGCCAAGGCCAAGCGCCGCAUGAAGUCGACCAGCGGCUCCGGAGAGCACAGCGACUCGGGGGCCGAAGGUCAAGCUCGCCGUGCCCCUGGGCGCCCGCGCGGGAAUCGCCGCCAGACCUUGCUGGACCAUUUGAAGGAAUUCCGCGAGUCGAACCAGGACGAGAAGUAUUUCACCACUCAGAACUUCAGGAGGCAGCUGGAGGGAGCUGUCGCAAAUUUCAGCGCCCUCGUGAUGCCCGCCCAUGCCAUGAAAGAGGAGGCCGAUAAGUGCAUCGAGGCAGGGGGUCCACCGCCCGAGCUCUACGAGGACACCGACGAGAUGCAGGCGCUCCGCAAGCAGGGGCAGGAAGCGGUGUCCAUCUCGAAGGCCUGGGCUAAAAAUGGGCAGUUCGAUAAGGAGUUCGCGCGGAUUUACAGCAUGAGUCUCACAUUUUUGGCAACGCCUCCAGCGGCCGCGGUUCCUUUCCCGCACUGGAUGCUCCAGGAAUACAUCGCGAAGCGGGCGUCUGACCCAGACGAAGGCAUGUGGGGGCUAUUGGAACAGUCGCAGCUCUCAGAGGCAGGCUUCCCCACAGAGGCAGCGCAGGCUGCAAUGCGCUUGGAGAUGAUUAAGAUGAAGAUCAGCAUGUUGGCGCAAGGCGAUGUACAAUUUUUACAUCGGGAUCUCUCUCGACUGGCGUCGUCGGUACCACACUGGGCCAGCGCAGAGGUGAAGACUGACAUGGGCGCCUUGAAAGCUUCGCUGGACUUGCUCAAGAAUGACGCGGUGCCGUCCAUUGUUGAGCUCGAGGCCGCCAGCGAGUCCGUGGAGGGCAUAAUGAAGAACCGCUGGCCCAUGUCUGGAUCUUUGGUUCUCUGGCCUAACGCCAAGCGGCUUCUACGCGAUGCUGAGACCGCUGGUGCUGGCUUCUCUGCGGGCAUCGACUUGUCGAAGAAGGCCACGGCUCUGCUCCAGCGUGCUACUCAGUGUGCAGAGCAAGACGCGGCGACCAUGGUCUGGCGCGAUCGCGUUGCCAGCACCAAGAGCCACUUGGCUGGGCUCGCGGGCGCCAUGCAAGACGCCUCUCCGCUGGCCGCGAGGUACAUCAGCGCCGACAAAGUCGACGUGGCGUUGUUCGACUACUGCGUGACAGCGUGUGACUUG